AUGCGCUCCAUUCUUGUCUUCCUCGCCGCCCUUUUUCAUGCCUCCUUUGCGGCGGGGUUUUGCUUCUCGGAAGGACGGAGAGGAUCCUACCACAAGAACCAGGACGUCUUGGAUAUCGUGGAUGUCUGCAACCAGUUGAACGGGACCUAUGACAGGUUGCAAGUCAAGCGAUUCUGCGCAACGGACAAAUACCAAGUAUCCUGGGGACUCGAGCUCAAGAUGAUCGGCGCUGACAUAAAACGCGACAUCUCAACUAGGGAGUGCAUGAGCGGGAUGGCAAAGCAGCUGAUGUGCAAAGAGGGCCGGGGCGGCGUGACCACCUACUGGAACUGGAGAUACAAAGCCAAACCCAAUUAUGUCGGCGGCGAGUGCUUCCCCCGUCCGUACUGGAAGCCCAUCGAUGCAUACGACCCGCAGGACGAGCCGGAGAGAUAUUUUUGUCGCGUAAUGCAGCGCAACUACCUGAGCUGUUGGGACGACUCGAAGUCUGUUCCCGUGCCAAACCACUAG